UUAUAUUGGGCACGGAACCUGCAUUUCUCAUUUUAAUACAGAGGGACCCGAUAUUCUUGACCAUCGAUAUGUUUUCUUCGGUCUUUGCACUGUUCAUGUUCACAUUUGUGCAACUUUCGGAGUGUUCAAGCUGUGUGGAAGUCAGUUCAGACAUGAUGAAGAGAUUUGUCAGUGGGCAGAAAAUUAUAUCUGGGGGAAUUCAACAUGAAGAAUUAUAUUCCCUGAGAGACUGUAUUAAAGAGUGUUGGCUGCAAUCUCGGUGUAAAACGAUUACGUAUCACCGUACAGACCUGACCUGUGACAUUGGAGGGACUUUGGCUGUGGUCAAAGAUACGAAUGACCAGAAUUACGUCACCAGUAAUAGGACUGACUGGCCACGUCCACUACUCAUGGACCUAGUAGGUGUGUGUGGUAACCAUACCUGUACAGCAGAUGAGAGAUGUGUCGCUCUGGGGAACGGCAAACAGCAUUGUAUAGCUCUGACAUACGUGCCUGACUUCGUGUUAUUUAUAAAGACACUUUACUGGUUUGGAAGAGAUAAGAAACCAUGGGCAGAUGCUGAGAAUGACUGUGCUGCCUACGGUGGGUCCCUAGCCCGACUGGAUUCUCAGUCAAUCAAUACCUUCUGUUUGAAAGAAAUGACUGCUAGAAGUAAGAAAAAUAUCCACAUAUCAAAUCUUUAUCUUAUUCAUCCAUGCAAUUUAUGGACCGAGAAAAUUAUAUAUGUCACGCUACCUAUACGAGUGUGUUGCGUUGACUAAAACAAAAGGUCAACGACGAUAUUUGACAUCACUUACAAUAUCUGACGUCCAGUAGGACUCUGCCCAUGCGUAGAACACAACCACAAGUUUGAUCCGUAUUGUCGUUUCAUAUAACUACGCCUUGGUCAUCCAUCGUCCACUUAUUUUGUUAAAUUCAUCUAAAUAUUGCAGACAUCCAGUAAACACUAAAAAAAUAAUAACAUACACUACGACUACAUCAUUAAAAUUGCGAUCAUACAUUUUUACUGGUUCAGUUCGCAGUUAUACAAAGGGAAAAGCUUCACUUUAAUCGCUUCGAAACACUGAACGUACAAAUAAUUAAGUGAUUCAAAACAUUCCUCUUAAAUAAAGAUUUGCAAUUCAUAUUUAUUUCUAAUAUUGCUGGAAACAUUCCCCAGAAAAUCUGGAUAGAUAACUCAUUACUGUUCUCGUUGCAGACCUCCAAACCGUAUUCAUGGCCGCUAAUGAUAUCGAUGUAGAAGGUGAAUGGAGAUGGGGCAGGGCAGGUGUUUCACUUCGGUAUUCCAACUGGUCCCCAGGGACACCGUCUGGUCGUGUCGCGGAUGAAGACUGUGCCGCAGUGUUACCUAUGGGCUCUUGGAUUGAUACGCCCUGUCACACCCUACAUUAUUACAUAUGUGAGAAACCCUUGGCAUGAGGUAUUCUAUUUAGCCGACAGAAAUUCUCAUCAACGUUUAUAUUACGGUGGCACAAUCUAAUUAAAACAUAGAUGUUCAUUAUCACUACGUGUAACGUAGUGAGAGUGAGCAUCUAUAUCUAAAUUAUAUUGACAUUGACACUGUCAUAUAAACAUGACGUCAUCAUAUUAUUGUGAUGCCAUUCUGUCGUGAAACAUUAUGUCAUAGCAAUGAUUACAUAAUGUCGCCAUGGAACAUGACAUCACCACAAGUAUUGUUUAUAGACAUUUAUCACAAUGAAACUUUAAAGUCGUGUCAAAAUACAAGGAAUACAUUACCAAAAUAACCACCAGGCUUUAACUACCGCCGGUAAACAAAUUGGUAAACAACUAGUUUUGUUUUGUUUUGGACUCCAAGAGCGUAAAAAGUGAACUGAUCAUUUUUGUGUGAGGUGAAAUAUAUCCCUUUAAACGAUAUACGUUUUUAUAUCAGUUACUGAACAAAUAUAUUUAAGGAAACACUGAAAGACUUCGUAAUAAAUUCCCUGCACUAUGUUUUGGUUACAAAAAA